UUCUGCUGCUUCCCUGCUCCACCACCAUGGCCUCCAUGCUGCGUAUGUUCCUGCUUGUUGCGCUCGUCGCUUGCGCGUCUGCGGCCAACUCGACCAACACCACGACGCCUGCUACCACCAGCGUCGUAAACACUGCGUGCCAGACUGCGUUCCAGACCUACUGGACGCCGCUCGCGUCGUGCCCGCUUGGGAACGCCGCCAGCUUCUGCGCCAACGCGCAGUGCGUGCAGUCGCUCUCGGCCUUUGUCGCGGGCAUUCCCGUCGAGUGCCAGGCCAUUGGCACGACCGACUCGGCCUUUGCGCAGGUGACGCCCGCGACGUUUCUCAACAUGCAAAACCUCGUCCAAAUGUGCAAGUCGGGCAAGGUGCCGUCGGCAGCGUCGACCACGUCGGCUACGAUGCUGCUCCUUGGUCUCGUCGCACUCGCGCAGCUGCUUUAAUAAGACAUCACGACUACUAAUGAUCUCCGUUCUCUGUG